AUGGGUAUCCCUCGCAUUAAUUCUCUCUCUAAUUUAAACUCCCCAAGAUUUGAAAGUAUGGAUGCAAUUGUCAAUAGAAAGAGAAUGGAAUUACAAUCUAAAUUUUCAGAAAUUGAUGUAGAUGGAGAUGGAUACAUUACACAGGAGGAAGUUAAAAAUUAUUUGAAAAAGUAUGGAUUCUACAAAUGUCCAGUGAAUUGUACAGGUGGAAAAAUUAGCUUUGUCGAAUUUACACAAUGGAUGACAAGCGAUAAACCAAAUAUUUUACAAAAGGCUUUGAACGGAAAAUUAUCAAUUCCAAAUUUUCAAGGUAAAAUUAUUUAA